AUGGAAGAGUCCGAGGGCUCUGAAUGGCAACGCGAGCCGUUACCAGACUUUUUGAGAAGUCCGGGGCUACAAAAUUUUAUCAAGGUAGUUUACAAGGGCAAAAAGGGCAAGCCGUAUCCACAAGAUGUUGGCCUCCAUAAUUUUGAAUUGGAUCUCGGCGAUGCAGCUUAUGAUUACGCUGUAUUGGAUGGACCUGUUAAGGAAACAUGGGGAGAUGUGAGUCAGUGGUUCAAUGCAGAACAUGGCUACGAUGGUACCUCACCAAAAGUAGCACCCCCGAAAGAAUCCGACGAGCUCGACAUACGGCCGGAAUACAAUGAUUUGUUUUGGGAUAAUCACAGCAUUGACUCGAUUGCAAAACUAAUCGCAAGUCAUGCGCGGGACGAAAACUCAAAUCCCCCCAUCGAUUAUUAUCAUCAACCAAAGCCUUUCUUGCGUGGCUUGAUUGAUUUCCAAAAUAUCUUUGGUCACAAAGCUACCGAAGCCCCUCUCGAUGGGUAUAGUAAGCAAAAUCUGCGUGAGGAUUUGAUUGCUGCGUCCCUGUUUCAUCAUAUUGCGACGACGAUUUUGAAGAAUCCUUUCUUCUUCUUGGAUGAUGUGAAAAUUUUGAACGGGACAGUCAGCGGUCCGCAUAAUCCUGUCGACAAAUUAUAUCAUGAUCUCCUCCAGCAUGAAUCUCCACAAAACCAGCUUGUCGCUAAAUCUUUCCGGGCGCAUACCCUUAGAUUACUUAGACCUCAAGAAGAGUAUAGCCAUAGUAAAAGUAUCGCAGCCAGAACAAAUGGCAAAAUUCGGAGAGUAGCACAAGCUCGAGCAAGACAAUGGUUGAGAAGCGAAGCACAGGAUCUUUGGCUGCCGACCACCGAUAAAAUCGACGAACAUGAAGUUGAAAUUCUUUACGAAAGAGCUGCGGAAUUAACAGUUGAUGUUGCUUCCAUGACAUGGACGGAUAUUCAAAUAGAAACAUUGAAAGAUUAUACGCCUUUGCCACACCCCACUAUUCCUUGCCUCCCUUUAUCAUUUUGGAAACAUUAUAAAGCCGACCCAGCUUUGAAUCAUAUCUCAGACAUGUCGAAGUAUCUUUUUGGAGAUAUUCCUGUGCCACCACAAGACCUAAAAGUUCUAAACGAGCUCGAAAAGCAGGUUAAACUGGUCAGAUGUAGACUUGUCAUAUAUGUGCACAUUGAAAAUCCUGCAAACCUCGAAACAGGUCACCCGUAUCUUGAGGUCGAAGGGUACCCGUUCCCAGACGCGGCCCAGGUUAAUGAAUGUCCAGAACAGAUAUAUCUGGAGUUACCAGAAUUGGAAAAGCAAGAGCCUGGUCCCCGGAAGCUAGAAAGAGUCUACAGCGAUGAAGACUUGGCCAGACGGCCUCCGAUACUGCGCGGUAUGUUCGGAGAAAAACUCACUUGGCGAAAAGUGUGGAAGUUUUACAAAUGGCUCUUCGAUUCCGCUCUCUAUUACAUUCCGUUUUAUGCGGUGGCGUUGGGGAUUCCUUUUAUACUUGCAUAUGGCAUUUACAAAUCUUUUUCCCUUGGGGCUGAUGAAGAGGUAGAUUGGUGGUUUUUGCCUAAUAUUCGAAAUAUACUCUGCUCUUGGCGAGAUGGAUUGUCCUCAUACUUCUUCGGAAUCGCUGGCUGGCUGGGAAUCUUAAAAUUUUAUGAUCUAGCGAUGACUGCUCUCCAUAUUGUUUUUGGUCCAUGGUUUGAAACCUUUGCUCGCGGGUGGGAACUGGCCCGUCAUUCCGUCACAACUUUGGGAGAAUAUAUUUCUGGCUUGUAUGAUGCUACCGCGGAAUUUGUCGUUCUCACAAGAAUAUGGAGUCUCGAACCUGAGGAAUGGGGAUUCAUAAUUGGCUUCCUCUAUUGUUUCAUACCGUUUGCCAUCCUAUAUUAUCUGUACGGCGGGGCUGCGGAAGCGCCACGUCCAGCUCCAUGGUAUUUACGUCCGCUAAUGAUUGUGUUUUUUAUCUGCCAGUCGCUAUGGUUCGAUUCUGUACGACGCGUGCUUGCGGAUAUUACUGGUUACGUAUCAGAUAUACCGAAAAUUGUGAUGGUUAUGUUCGAGGGUUUAUUGCAUCUCCCAGAAACCUUCAACUGGAUGUUAGAAUGGAUUUCAGGAAUUGGUGGCGAUACGAGCGUCUCUAUUAUACCAGAACUCGACCCUAGUCAGACUGGGAUUUCGAUAACCCCAGAGCCAGGAAUAUUUGAUGAUGUUCCAAAGCCUUUCAAAUUAAGCCCAAAUGUGGAAAAGACGCUUUCAGAAUCAACACUUGGAGACACGUUAACAGGGUCAAAACUUGGGGAGGCGAUACUAAUAUCGAAUCUCUCGAAAGAACAAGGAUUAUCGGGUAUCGCUGAAAUGCUAGAGCGGUCGGAACUUGGCCAAACAUUAGGAGAAUUCGGAUUUGGGCAAUCGCUUGUAGGGAGAGGACCCAUCGAGGAAUCUUUGAAAGGUUCUUUGCUUGGAUACAUAUUAACAGGGUCUGAUACUGAAAAGAGGCUAGUAACUGCACAGCUAGGAGCAACAUUAACAAAAUCAGACCUUGCAGAAAAGUUUGUAGGAUCGGAAAUCGCGAAAACGUUAACACAAUCAGAACUCGCAGAACGAAUAACCGAAGCCUUAAACACAGAACUGGGCUUGGAAAUACUAGAUUCGGGACUGAAGGGGCACGCGAAGGAAAUGCCGUCCGUAUCAAUGCUUGGAAAAGUACUAUCCGGACUCAAUCUGGCAGAAACGCUAGAUGGGUCAUUGCUUGGGAAGAUCUUGACGGGAUCAAUUUCGGAACCUAUUCUUCCAAUAGAAGCUCUUACUGCGUGGGAAGGACUCUCACCACCAGAGCCAUAUAUUCCUGGAACACUUGUCAUAGGGGUGGAAUCUUCUCCGCCGAUCAUCACGAAGAUAAUGACAAUAGUCAUGAAGCCAAUAAUGACGUUACUUAGCCCUUUUAAAUUGAUAGUAACGAGGAUAGUGUCAGUAAUAAUGAAAGCACCAAUGAUAGAAUCUCUUCUACCGAUGGUAGAGACAGUAGCGAACACAGCUCUGAAACCAUUGGCUCCGGUAAUAGGGUUCUUGAGCGGUCUCUCCUCUACCACCGAGCAAUCAUCCGACCAGAAGCCGGGACAUAUUCCAGAAACUGGCGCACCAAUAGCGGAAUCUGUUCUCCCAAUAAUAGCGAAAGCGUUCACUAUAAUUUUGAAGCCAAUUGCAUCAUUAGUGGCCAUGUUCUCCGAUUCAUCCUUUACCAGUUCGCCUAUCACAUACCUAAAAAUAUCUUUCGAUCCAGCUAAGGUGUCAUUCGCCAUCACUUGGAUAUUGGGUCCCGCGUUUGUAUGUGGCUUUUACAUAGCUUUACGGCGCUACCUAGAUGUCUGGGGUCAGGCAAAUCGCGAAGCACCCCAGAGGUGGAAUCUUCCACGACCACUGAAAAGAAUACUUGAUCUAUUGACCUAUAUCACUCGUAAACUUCGCUCAGCUUAUCAGUUGUUCCUUCGGUUUCUCGGUGCACUGGGUCGUCUAUUCAAAUAUGUCUUCCAUCCAUUUGCGUUUCUUCUUUACCCAUUUACAUGGCUUUACGCCUCAAUUGCCCGUGUUCUUCACACAUUUAAAUGGUUGGGCUACCCAUUCGUUUAUGUUUAUGUUAAGAUUACCAGAUUGGGUGGUUAUAUCUGGCGAUCAAUAGUUAAUCGAAUACCGCCAGGACGUUAUCUUCUCCUCCAAUUUCUGACUGUAAUCGGAUUUGCAUUAUAUCACAUUUUUCCUCUAUUGGAAUAUGCUUAUUGGCUGUUCGUGCUAUUCGAAGAUUACCGUCACCCGAGGCCUCAACUGCCCCAAAUGCCAUUCAUCAACGGAAUAAUCGGUUUUGUUAUGCGCGUAUACGAAAUGGUUCUCCAAUUAUUCGCAGACAUAAGACAGAAAUUAUCAGAUUUAUACAAUUUUUUACACUUGAAUGCCUUUGCUCCUCUCCAAGGGAUAAUGGAUGCAACAACGUUCUUAUACAGACAAGUUCUUCACAUCUGGAACAUCUUUUCCCGCACCUUGAAAUUGGUUUAUUAUUCAAUCUUUUUUUUGACGUAUGUAAUGUUGGGAUGGGAGACAGCAGCCUUUUUCGCCCCUGGACAAAAUCCAGAAAUUCUUUUGGCUCUCCGAGCUAUCCGCUCUCAUCUUUGGGAGAGUCCUUUCGCUGCAGUUAGAGUUCAUGAUCGUGGGGGCGAUUUGGCCCGUCAUCAUUACCCUGAGUUUGCCCAGCAUCGUCAUCGCUCUCUCCCUCAUCCACAAUGGUUUCCCUAUUUCCAUUUGCUGAUUGGGGUAACUAUCGGCAUUUUUGCAUACCUUACCGCAGGUGAUCAUCCUAGUGGCCGUGAUUUUUUCCCUCGUACCAGUGACUUGAACUCGACCUUGGAUGAAAUGUUGACAAAUUGA